ACAGUUUUGAUUCUGCGAUAAUUGUCAUUUCAUUUUAAAAACAAAAUCUUUGGCGCGGAUCAGUCUCGUAAUCCUAAAGUAGAUAGUGCAACCAGUACACAUGGUUAUUAUUUGUUGGCAAUGAAGGAAAUCUGCCGAGUUUGCUUGGAAAAAUCCGGACACAUGCUCAACAUAUUUGACAACGUGAUAGAAUUGGGCAUUCCAAUUGCUAAUAUGAUAUCUAAAGUUACCGGUUCGCACGUUGCCAGAGGAGAUCCGUUUCCGGAGACCAUUUGUCCGCCUUGCCUUGGGAAUGCUAAGAUAGCAUUCCAGUUCAAACAACGAUACGAGAGGAACCAGCAGAUUUACUCCCAGUAUAAAGAGCGGAUCUUGUAUGAGGAGGAAUUUGUUAUUCCAGACUUACAGAGUACACUGUCAAUUAGUGGCGACGAAAGCCAGGAGUUUAACUUGCAAAUAAAGCUAGAAGCAGUCGAUGAUGAUUUCCAGGGGACGGAGGAGUCACAUGAAGAUGAGUGUGUGGUGAAGAACGAACCAACUAAUGAUGAUGUGAUCGAGGAAGACUCGUGUCAAUUUGCAGAUGUUAAUAACGACCUUCUUAAAAAAGUCAAUCAUCAACAUAUAGCCUCAACGAUAUUGAAAUCAGCUGAAAACAAAAUCAUUGCUAUACUGAAAGAAAACGAACUUCUUAAAGGAAGGCUUGACUUAGUUUCAAAGAAGCUCUCGGAAAAAAAAGUUAAACAAGUGCACAAGCCAACCAUCACAAUGAAAAAAAAAGAGGAUGAGCUUGGACCUUCCAAUGUCAUGAGUUUCCCCAUUACAUCUUUGCAAGAAUUGGAACAGUUCGAGAGACAAUUUACCCCAGAUCUUAGGGGCUUUUAUGUAAGCAUUGGUAGGAUGACCGACUACUUGUCCAGAGGUCCCCUGCGUAAAAAUCUGGAACAUAUUCUGAACGAGGACCUUUUAUACAAAUUCAAUUUGAACGGAUGUUCCGGUAAACUGUCUUUGAGGUCCUACGAGUGUUUUUAUGACCUCUUGGAAACUGCGACGAAAAUGGUCCACCCGAACGAGCCAGUUAAAAAGGUAAUAGGAAAGGCUCUAUGCAACAUAAAAAACAAAAUUGUUAAAAGAAGGUCGAGAUCCAGACAAGGAUUACAGACACGAAAACAAACAAAGAAGUGUUAGUGUAUUAAUAAUGGUCUAGAAAAGAUAACACUUUUAAAUCACAUACAAUAAAAUGUUUUACAAGUCAGAGACUGUACUCAAAAUUAGCGUUGCUAAGAAAACUCUUGUUCAAAUGAA